AAAACCUCAUCUCUUGUCUUUCUGUCUCUGAAACAGUCAACCUCAUAUUCAUUCCUCUCUCUCUCUUGCUUCCAUGGAUGAAACCAAUGGAAGAAGAGAAACUCACGACUUCAUGAACGUCAACGUUGAAUCUUUCUCUCAGCUUCCUUUCAUCCGCCGCACUCCUCCCAAAGAAAAAAGCUCCAUCAUUCGUCUCUUCGGCCAAGAACUCGUCGGUGGUGACGACAACUCCUCCGCUGCUCAUCAAGAAGACUUCCUUGAGACCACAACAACCAAGAUCAACGACGAGAGCACUGAGAAUGUUAAGGACAAGGACAAAGAGAAAGACAACAACAAUAACAGGAGAUUCGAGUGUCACUACUGUUUCAGAAACUUCCCAACUUCUCAAGCCCUAGGUGGACACCAAAACGCUCAUAAACGCGAACGCCAACACGCCAAACGCGGUUCUAUGCCAUCAUACCUUCUUCAAGCUGACUCUCACCACGUCUACGGCUUCCUCAACAACAACCACCGUCACUAUCCCACGUGGACGCCAGAAGCUAGAUUCUACGGUGGUGGAGUAGGAGGACAACAAACGCCGUCGUAUUACUCAUCACGCACUCUUCUUCCUCCUCCUCCUUCUUCUUCUUCUAACCCACCGACGAUCAACGGAAGUCCUUUGGGUUUGUGGCGUGUACCACCACCUUCCACGUCAGCAAACGCUGUUCAUGGCGUUUACUCAGCUUCAGCGUUUAGGACGCAUGAGCAGGAGCUUAAAGAGACUAACCGGCCGUACAGAUUGAUGAAACCUAAUGUGCAAGAUAAUGUGAGUCUCGAUCUUCAUCUUUGA